AUGGAAGAACUAAGAAAACAAGAAAAAAAUUUUAAUAAUGUUGAAAUUAAAGGCUUUGGAAUAUUAUCGACACACGUAUUAUAUCAUACAAUCAUAAAUGCGUUAAAGAUAAUAGCCUUAAUUUUUUACAUAAUUCUUUGGACAUACCAAGCAGCUAACAGGCAAUUCGAAGUUACAAAUGACUCCAAUGACUAUAAUGAGAGAAUACUUAUGGGUGCGGGGUUCAUUUUGUCAAUUUGUUUUCUUUUCGCCGAAGUUGCAUUUAUUUUCAUAAUUAUUAAGUCAAAGAGAUUUUAUUUGGCGAAAAGACGCGAGUUAUUAGCCUUUUUGAUAUUUUUGAUGUAUUCAGCUCUUUCGUUGGCUUUGAAUAUUUUUGUUGGUAUUGAAUUCUUAAUUUGGGACGAAUAUUCAGUUAUGAUCGUAUUGUUAUGGAUCAUACCUAUACUCUCAUUAAUAGAAUUCAUUACAUGUAGACCAAAAUGGUUUAAAUUUGGGGAAGUUACGAUAGAUAUUAUUUUUAAAUCUUUUAAAACAAUAGUUAUUUUUCUUUAUAUAGCAAUUUAUAUCAUUCAAAUAACUCGAAUUGAUGAUCCACGUAGUAUCUCUUCAUAUUAUAAGACGAAUCUUUUAAUUGUCUUUAUCACAGGCCCGGUUAAUUUAUUAAUAGAAUUUUCCUUUACAAUUCAUUCGUUGUUCCAAGACUUACAGCAACAGAAUAUUAUUCAUAGAAUUUUUCUUAUAAUAUUUUUUACAACUUAUUGUAGUAUAGCUUUUUCAAAUAACUACUUUUUACUUAAUAACGUUUAUUCUAUUACUGAUGGUUUAAUUUGGGUUAUUGCGGCUUUUUGUUUUUCGGAAAUCGUGAUAAAAGAAAUUAG